AGCCAAUCCACUCUCAUACUCUCACGCGGAAAUUUCGGCGAAAGAGUAAGAACAUAUUUCCAGGGUGGCAAUUUGGUCCGAAUAAACUUACCUCACACUACCGCCGCCUCCGCCGCUACUGCUACUAGACGAAGAAGACCAGCGCAGCCGAUUCGCGUGGCUGCAUACGGAUCGAGUUCCGAUCCAGGCACGAAAUCAACGGAGAUGGCUUCACACAGUUCGGCUGCUAUAGAUCCUCGAAUCCCUGCUAUUUCAUUUACAAUCCGCGUCAUCCCCGACUUUCCCAAACCCGGGAUCCUUUUUCAGGAUAUAAUGACUCUGUUGCUUGAUCCGAAGGCGUUUAAGGACACUAUCGAUUUGUUUGUUGAAAGAUACAAGGACAAAAAUAUCAAUGUGGUCGCAGGAGUUGAAGCGAGAGGCUUUAUUUUUGGUUCUCCAAUUGCGUUGGCUAUACGGGCGAAAUUUGUUCCUAUGAGGAAACCAAAGAAGUUGCCCGGUGAGGUUAUCUCACAAGAGUACACUUUGGAGUAUGGAACAGAUGUUAUGGAGAUGCAUGUUGGUGCUGUCCAAGAAGGAGAACGUGUUCUUAUAAUAGAUGACCUCAUUGCAACUGGGGGUACCUUGGAUGCGGCAAUCAAACUGAUCGAGCGUGUUGGUGGCAUCGUUGUUGAGUGCGCGUGUGUUAUUGAAUUGCCGGAACUGAAGGGGCGGGAACGGUUGGGAGACAAACCGUUGUUUGUUCUUGUUAGCUGAACUUGACCAUUGAGUUAUGGCGACAUUUGUGACAUGGUGCACAGUGUCCAUUGUUGUUGCCCAUUUAAGAGAGAAGUAACUUUGCCACUCGUAUCUUAUCAUGAUUCUAACUACAGAGAGUUGCACCUGGCUCUGGCCAGCUGACUGUAAUAAGCACUAAUGGUUGCUUUCUUUGGGUUUUUCCCAAGUUCCGAGUAUUGAAUAUUGAUCAUAGCUUCAACUAUGCACUCAGAAUUGUUUUACGUGUUAUAUAAUUUUUCACAUGCUCACGUGUCGUUCAAAAAAA